AUGAGAAAUGCUAUUAAACUUCCUACUCCAAUUAGUCCAUCAUCCUCUUUUAUUCCUCCAAAGCUAGACGAUGGGGACUCUACCCCAAGGUUAUAUGAUCUAGAUUUUUGUCCAACUAUAUCUCAAUUUAAUGAUUCACAAGCUUGCUAUGUAUUUUCGCCUCUAUCUCGCUCAAUAAAGCUUGAAAAUCUAGGCCAAACAGACCGAAAAAUGCUGAGUGAGCUCAAUGGAAGUCAGAAAAGCACUUUUUCAGAAACCCAGAUAAACAGCUCAUUAAAACUUGGUAUAAAAGAAAAAGCUAAGUAUGAGAAAAAGAUAGAAGAUCUUGAAAAUGAAAUUAAGGCACUAAAAAGAAUGAAAGUCUUAUUAAGGGAAAAAGACCGAAUUGUAGGAAAUAUUGAAUCACAAUUAGAUAUUGUUAAAGCAGAAAACCAAAAUUUAAAAAGGGAGGUUAAAAAUCUCAGAUUAGAAAAUCUUGCUUUAACUAAUAAAUUCCAAAGCAAAAGUGAAGAAGAAACUAAAAAAACGUCAGAGGACCCUGUAGUUCGAGUUUCUAACGCUUUAAAUACUUUUAAAUCAGAUUUAACUGAUUUUAUACUUCUAAGCCAAAGAAAAAGAAGCAAAACAGAAGCCCCAAAACCUGCCAGAUUAUAA